AUGGGUUCUGAAAGAGAUGAUGAGUCUAAGAAUAUGAUUCCUGUUAUAGAUUUCAGCGAUGAAAACUUGAAGCCUGGAUCAGAUUCAUGGGGUUUGGCCUGUAAACGAAUCCAUUAUGGGUUAGAAGAGUACGGGUGUUUUGAAGCAAAAUAUGAUAAAGUUCCUAUACAACUUCACAACUCUCUUUUUCUCGCACUUAAAGACCUAUUUGAUCUCCCAAUUGAGACUAAAAUGCAGAAAACGAGCGAAAGGCCGGGGUUUAAUUAUGUUGGCCUAAGCCCUACUCUUCCUUUCUAUGAAUCUUUGGGGUUCGACCAUCCUACAUCUUUCGAAGAAGUUGAAUCUUUUACUAGAGUUAUGUGGCCUCAGGGGAACGAUUAUUUUCGUGACAGUGUUCGUUCUUUCUCAAAACCGAUGGAAGAUUUGUAUGCAAUGGCAACAAGAAUGGUGUUUGAGAGCUAUGGUGUACUGAGGCUUUAUGAGUCUCACAUGGAGUCGAUCUUUCAUCGUCUCCGGUUAUUUAAAUACAGAAUCCCAGAGACGAAUGAAACCAUGGGAGUGCCGAAUCACACAGACAAAACUUUCAUAACCAUACUUCAUCAACAUGAAGUGGAGGGUUUGCAGGUCAAAACAAAGGAUGAUCAGUAUAUUGAUAUAAAACCUGAUCCUUCUUCCUUUUUGUUUAUUGCAGCUGAUGCAUGCAUGGCAUGGAGUAAUGACAGAAUUCGUGCCUGUGAGCAUCGAGUGAUGUUAAGUGAGUUCAAACCUAGAUACUCCCUUGGAUUUUACUCACUUGUCAAUGGAGUCAUGCAUGUUCCAGAAGAGUUGAUUGAUGAGAAUUAUCCCUUGCGAUAUAAACCAAUCGAUCACAUGAACUUCAUUUUCCAUUUCAAUACGGACGAUGCAUUGAGAAAUUCGGCAUGCCCUAUUAAAACUUUCUGUGGUGUUUGA